UCUGGAGAUACAGGACCCCAGCAUCUGUCGCUGACCACUCUGUUUGGGAAGGCAGAAAAGACCCCCGUAGAGGGUCAAGAACAUAAAGACCCCUCCAAGGGCCGUCCGGCUGUGGUUCGUUCCUUGUCCUAUGAAGAGCCAGGUCGAUUAUCUGAAAGCAGAGAAAAGCAGCUGUGUCCGGCUAUCCAGAAACUGAUGGUGCGUGGUGCCGACCUGCUACCAGUUUCGGAGAUUCCAGAGAACCAGCAGAGCCAGGUUAGGAGCGCCCAUCUACCCGGAGACGUCUUCAGCGGCCUUUUCCUGCCAAUAGAAGAUGUUGCCACUUUUACUGCACUGGAACCUGAUAGCUGUGAAAACCUUCUGCACAUACUCACCAGCACCCACUCCAAAGUUCUCCCCCCUGAACCGGGUCUGACUCCUAUAAUUCAUUAUUACAGCGAUCCCAUAAACAGCGUCGCAACCAGCACCAUGGGGAAAAACACGAGCACUGCCCCACUUCAUUUCUAUGAUGGCUCUCAGCAGAGCCCUAGGGCUCCAUCAAAUCCUCCCACAAUGCCUCUCCCCUCCCAGCUACAAUCUGUACCCGGAACCAUCUCUCCUCACGAGCUGCUGAAGAAACUGAACCUUGCACGUCAGGACCAACAGUACCAGACCAACACCAAGCCAGCCCUGGCUGCCAAGUUCCCGCUCGUCUCUCAGCCAGCAAUGAAACAGACCUGGGAAGAGAAGUUACCGCUGAGAGAGAAGCCCAAUCCGCUGCUUCAGGUUAUAUCCCCUCAGCGGAUCCCGGCCACGGUGUCACCAGCUGUCCUCCUGUCUCCUCUGGUUUUUACACAAACGAGCACACAGAAGACAGGCGAUGUGACAAAACCCACGCCGUCUGAUAACGACACGACCGCUAGUCUCCUCCUCCCUCUGACGCUCACAGACACGCAAACUAACAGCGUCAGCAAUCCGGGCAGCGUACUGACCAAGAACCAGCUCCAAGAAUCCCUUCUGCAUCUCCUUCAGAAUGAUGAGAGUUUUUUGAACACCAUCUACGAGGCGUACCUCUCCAUCUUGAACAGAAGGGGCGCACCGACUGGAAUGCUCUGACCC